AUGGCUUCAGUUGCUUCUCAGAUUAUCUUCCACCCUACGGUUUCCCAAGGCUUGAAGUUCGGAGGAACAACCCUCGGACGGGACAAGACUUACAGAGCAAUCCAAUAUUUUGCCCGCUUCUUCUCUUGGUAUCUGCUCAACAAGGGCGAUAAACUUGAAGCUGCUCGAUGGACGGCGUUGAAAGGGCAUUUGGGCACCGCCAGAAAGCUUAUGCGCCUCGGAAAGCCAUUAGAGCACCUGCAGGCCGCACUCCGCGCUUCCCUUUCAUCUGGUCCUUUUGAAGAGACUCUGACCACCGUCUCUCGGCAAAUUGGCUACUUCGGAUAUCUUACCUAUGAUGCUAUCGUUUGGGCCAACUCCAUUAAGUUCAUCGCUUUGACCCCAGAAACAUCGAAGAAAGCUGCGAAGAGAGCCUUCCAAUUUUGGUUUGCUGGUAUUGUAUUCAGUCUAAUCCACGGAGUACUCAAGGCUGGGAGAUUGGCCAGAGAAUCGAAGGCAUUGGGUGAAUCCAAGGUUUGGGGUGAAAAGGAUCUAGCAGAGGAAGCUGCCCGAGAAACCAGACUGAGUGCUGUAGAAGCGGCUCGCAAAGGUAACCGCCAACAGCUGGUUAUCGAUUUGCUUGACGUGUGGAUCCCCGCAACUGGCGCGGAGUUGCUCAAUGUCAACGAAGGUGUACUGGGAAUCUUCGGUCUCAUUUCCUCGAUCCUGGGGGCUAAGGCUCAAUGGCGAGCAGUUGACGGAAAAAAAUAA